UUUGCUUCCGUUGAUUCGAUUCUUCUCGAUUCUAUUGAUAACUUUAUUGUUCACAAUUUUGAGUGCAUCCGAGUGUUAUUUAUUUGCACAUGAUAUGAGAGAUUCAGGGGAUGAUGAAUGGAAUGAGCAAGUUUCAAUUUCCAAUGCCGACGUCGUGCUUUCCGUGAUCAGAUCUGAUUAUGAGAAAGCUUAUUUUGUCACAGGUAGGGAAUUAUAUGCACGAAACUUGGGUCUACUUCUGCCUUUCUUUGAGAGCCCCUCAAUCCAGUUAGAAGAAUUAACUAAGUCGAUAUGCUAUAUGUUUCAUAUGCAGGAGUUUGACGGAAAAACUAUAUCCUUAGUUGCUUCCUGGAAACUAAGAACAUACCUUAGACUUCCGUGGAAGCCACUGAUUAGCAUUGAUGGAACAACAACAUAUGAUCUAGAUGAUGAUUUUAGAAUCGUGUGGCAUGUUGAAAGAUGGGGUGUUUCUGCGCUUGAAGCAGUUCUUCAGAUAUUCACUGCUAGCUCUGAAAGUCCAGAUCAAUGAAAGCUCCUACCAGUAUUAGGGGCUCGUCUGUUCACUCUCCAUUGGAUAUAUCCAUCUAACAUCGAAGGUCUUGGUCCAGUCCAGUCCAGUCCAGGGAGACCAUGGUACGCUCUGCAUCCUGAAUCACUAAACCAUAUACUACAUGUAGUAAACACUGAAUUCUUCAACAUCUGCUUAUCAUUGAUUGGGGAAUGAAACCAACUGGUGCCAAAGUUGUGUAUCAUUCAUUUUCAUAGCCAUGUGAUGCAACUUUAUAAUUUUGAAUUUGGUUGGAUAUUAUGUACCGUAAACAAUACGCUUUAAUCAUUUAUGAUGAUCUCGCCAAACACGCUUAUUGCCAAA